AUGGCUCUGGUGGUAGUGGAAAGCCUUGAGGAAGUAAGGGGGGGGAUUUCGGGUUCUUCCUUUAAAGGGGUUUUGGGUCUUCAAGGUUGGAGGAAGUUUUGGUUCUUCUGGUGGAAAAGGUCCGGAUUAGGAAAGGCUAGGCUCUGGGGUAAGUUGGAAGGGCCCUUGGAGGAAGUAAGGGGGGAGGAUUUGGCUCUUCCUUUAAAGGAGGUUUUGGGUCUUCAAGUGGAGGAGGUUUUGGUUCCUCUGGUGGAGGUGGAGGAAGCUAUGGCUCUGGUGGUAGUGGAAGCCUUGGAGGAAGUAAGGGGGGAGGAUUUGGUUCUUCCUUUAAAGGAGGUUUUGGGACUUCAAGUGGAGGAGGUUUUGGUUCCUCUGGUGGAGGUGGAGGAAGCUAUGGCUCUGGUGGUAGUGGAAGCCUUGGAGGAAGUAAGGGGGGAGGAUUUGGUUCUUCCUUUAAAGGAGGUUUUGGGUCUUCAAGUGGAGGAGGUUUUGGUUCUUCUGGUGGAGGUGGAGGAAGCUAUGGCUCUGGUGGUAGUGGGAACCUUGGAGGAAGUAAGGAGGAUGGUGGAGGAGGUUUUGGUUCUCUGGUGGAGGGGAGGAAGCUAUGGCUCUGGUGGUAGUGGGAACCUUGGAGGAAGUAAGGGAGGAGGAUUUGGUUCUUCCUUUAAAGGAGGUUUUGGGUCUUCUAGUGGAGGAGGUUUUGGUUCCUCUGGUGGAGGUGGAGGAAGCUAUGGCUCUGGUGGUAGUGGGAACCUUGGAGGAAGUAAGGGAGGAGGAUUUGGUUCUUCCUUUAAAGGAGGUUUUGGAUCUUCUAGUGGAGGAGGCUUUAGUUCUUCCGGUGGAGGUGGAGGAGGCUAUGGCUCUGGUGGUAGUGGGAACCUUGGAGGAAGUAAAGGAGGAGGCUUUGGCUCUUCCUUUAAGGGAGGCUUUGGAUCUUCUAGUGGAGGAGGCUUUAGUUCUUCCGGUGGAGGUGGAGGAGGCUAUGGCUCUGGUGGUAGUGGGAGCCUUGGAGGCAGCAAAGGAGCUGGAUUUGGUUCUUCCUUUAAAGGAGGUUUUGGGUCCUCUAGUGGAGGAGGUUUUGGUUCUUCCAGUGGAAGUAGUGGAAGCUAUGGUUCUGCAAGUGGAGGGAGUCAUGGAGGUAGUCAAGGAGGUGGCUUUGGUUCUUCCUUUAAAGGAGGCUUUGGUUCCUCUGGUGGAGUUGGAGGUGGAGGUGGAGGCUAUGGCUCUAGUGGUAGUGGGAGCCUUAAAGGAAGAGAGGGAGCUGGAUUUGGAACUUCCUUUAAAGGAAGCUUUGGGUCUUCUAGUGGAGGAGGUUUUGGCUCCUCUGGUGGAGGUGGAGGAAGCUAUGGCUCUGGUGGAAGCCUUGGAGGAAGUAAAGCGGGAGGAUUUGGCUCUUCCUUUAAAGGAGGUUUUGGGUCUUCUGGUGGAGGAGGUUUUGGUUCUUCCAGUGGAGGUGGAGGAGACUAUGGCUCUGGUGGUAGUGAGAGUCUUGGAGAUAGCAAGGGAGGAGGCUUUGGGUCUUCCUUUAAAGGAGGCUUUGGUUCUUCAAGUGGAGGUAGUGGAAGCUACGGUUCUGGAAGCGGUGGUAGUCUUGGAGGUAGCCAGGGAGGAAGCUUUGGUUCUUCAAGUGGAAGUGGAAGUGGUUAUGAUUCUGGAAGUGGAGGAGGACUUGGGAGUAGCUUUGGAAGCGGAUUCAAUUCUUUCAAUAAAGGAGGCUUCGGGUUUGGUUCAUCAAGAGGGGUUGGAGGGGGACAUGGUGACAACGGAGAGGCUGUCAGCAGUUAUGUCUGAGCAGCUAGAGUGGUUUGUUCCUUUGCUGGUUCUAAUGGUAAUUUCAUUUAAUCAUGGUGUUGACAAGGGAAGCUCUUCAUAUGACUGUGAGACAUAGGGUCGAUAUACGGUAUUAUUUAUUACAAAUUAUAGCAAAAUUUUGC